AGCUGACUCAAAACGUCAACAAUAAGAAGAUGACGUUUUCAAGAAAACCGAAAAUAUAAAUUAAUUUCUUUAAAACCACAAAACAAAUUAAAUUCUUUUUCAAUCAUGGAUAUGGACAAUGAGAGAGUUCUAAAAUUAAUAUUUCCCAAUGGAGUUCCAGAAAAUCUUCAAGACAACUCGGAACUUGUUGUUUAUCUCAACAAACUUGGAACUUACAAAGUUGACCAACUAAAAAAAGAACAAUCUCGUCUCCAAGAUGAAAACAAAAGUAUCGUUGAACAAACCCAGGACUUGGCUAUUUCCAAUUACAAAACUUUCAUUCACACAUCGGAGUGCUCGCGUUCGAUUUUCUCGGAAUUUCAAAAUGCCGAGACACAAGUUGAUAAGUUGAUUGGAAAAUUACCUGAUUUCAGUGAAAAAUGUGAAAAGUUUCUAAGUGAAGCAAGUGAAAUCAACGAAAACCGAAGGCUAAAUAGUAUUACUUUGAAAAAGAAUGCACAACUCUUAGAGAUCUUGGAAUUGCCACAGCUGAUGGAGCGAUGUAUUCGUGAGGGACGGUACGAGGAGGCUUUGGAGCUGGCAAGUUAUGUCCAAAAGUUGGGACAGAACCAGGGCGACAUUGCCGUGAUAAAUAGCAUUGUCGUGGCAGUUGAGUCUCUAUGGCACACAAUGUUGGCCCAACUUUGUGCCCAACUGAAAACAGAUCUCCAGUUACCCAAAUGCCUUCAAAUUGUGGGUUACUUGAGGCGAAUGCAGGCAUUCGGGAAUAACGAGCUAAAAUUAAAAUUCCUCCAAGCGAGAGAUGCCUGGUUGACCAAUUCUUUGAACUCUAUUCCAAGAGAUGAUGCUCAACAACAUCUCACCAAAACAAUCGAGGUGACCAGAAUCAAUCUCUUCAACAUCAUCACGCAAUACCGAGCGAUUUUUCCCGAUGAAGACUCAAGCACAAGUUUGUCCAAUGAUAGUGGACGUCUCUUCCAGUCGUGGCUUCAUCGAAAGAUUGCCAACUUCUUGGAGACCCUUGAAAGUGAUUUGCUGAAAGGAGUAAACUCUUUGGACACCGUUCUUGGACAAUGCAUGUAUUUUGGUCUUUCAUUCAGUCGCGUUGGAGCUGAUUUCCGCGCUUUAAUGGCUCCAAUUUUCAUUCGUGUCAUCAAGCAAAACUUCUCCCAUUCCAUUCAAGCGGUCAACCAGAAUUUUGAACGUGACUUGGAGCGAUACACUCUCAUCAACAAAACUUCUUCGGGUAUUCACAAUCGACGCAUCGAACUCGAUCAAAUUAACCCCCCUGAAACUUUACUUGAUUUCCAUCCCCUCGCUGCCCUAUGCAAUGGCUAUUUGAAUGUGCUAAAUGAAUUGCGGUUAUGUGCUCCUAUUGCUAUUGCCAAUGAUGUCACCAAAAAUAUGCAAUCGUCUCUGGAGUUUGUGGCUCGAAAGAUACUCUCGUUCUAUCGCCAAGAACAGCAGGCUUUCUCCGGAAAUGAGAGGGAAUAUUUUGUCAAAUUUUGCUCCUGUUUUGCUUAUGAUUUGAUUCCGUACAUUCAGCGAUGUAUUCAUGUUCUGUUUCCCCAAGCAACACUUACUGCUGCUUUGGGGAUUAAUUUGAUCACUCUAGAAAAUGAGGGAAUAACUUUCAUACAACAGAAGGUCAUUUUGGAACCUAUCAAACACUUGCUGCCUCAUAAGGUCGAUGUAAUGAUGUUCCAGGAUAAAUCGAAACAAGUUGAAACAAGUCUCCCUACUGCUGCUGCUGCUCCUGCUCCGGUUUCCAUUCCACAAGAGGGUUAGAUGUAUGUUUAUAAAUUCAAAUAUGUUAAAAAUACACAAUAAAGUUACUUUCAGCCUAAAGUAAAA